UGGCGAGACUCGCCAUUUUCUAGUGGAAACAGUGCAUGUGAGAUACAGAACCAUGCGGGACGUACCGGCUUUCCUGUCUCAACAAAAGGCCCAGACCCCUCCCGACUUGUCCGCGGAAUGGGAAAAACUAGAGGAAUUGUACAACAGAAAAUUGUGGCACCAGCUCACCCUCCAGCUCACGACAUUUGUGAACAGUCCCCACUUCGCCCAAGGAGAUGGACUGCUCAAGUUGUAUGAAAAUUUCCUGGUGGAUUUUGAACACAGAAUCAAUCCCCUGUCACUGGUGGAAAUCAUCCUGAUUAUUAUCAAACAAAUAAAAGUUCCAGCAGAAGCCAUCUCCUUUCUAGAGAAGACCAAGGAAAAGGUGAAGGGAAAUGAAGAAGCUGUGAUCCUGUGCAUGACGGCCAUGGGUACCAUCUACCUUAGUCAGAACAACCUCACAGAGGUCAAGACUGUAGUGGAGCAGGCUGGGGCGAUGGUGGACAACAUAGAUGGAGUGACGACGGUUCAUGGCCGGUUCUACGACCUGUCCAGUAACUACCACCGGAUCACCGGAUCCCACGCGGACUUCUACCGCGAGGCGCUGCGAUUCCUGGGCUGCAUGGAGAUACAGAACAUUCCUGUUGAAGAGCAGCGGGAACGGGCCUUCAACCUUGGCCUUGCAGCGUUGCUAGGCGACGGGGUGUACAACUUCGGAGAGUUGCUGGCCCACCCAGUGCUGGACUCGCUGAGGAACACAGACAAACAGUGGCUGGUGGACCUGCUGUACGCCUUCAACGCAGGAAACCUGGCAGCCAUAGAGAAACUGCGCCCAAAAUGGCAGGCACAGCCUGACCUGGCAGCCAAUGAGCUGUCGCUGCAGCAGAAGGUGCGUCUGCUGUGUCUGAUGGAGAUGACCUUCACGCGACCUGCCAACGACCGGCAGCUGACCUUCCAGGAGAUCGCUGCUGAGGCUAAACUGCCGCUGGAGGAGGUAGAACUGCUGGUGAUGAAGGCGCUGUCCCUGGGGCUGGUCAAAGGUCACAUUGAUCAGGUCGACUCCAGGGUUCACAUGACCUGGGUGCAACCCAGGGUGCUCGACCUCGCACAGAUCAGAAAGAUGAAGGACAGGUUAGACAUGUGGUGUGGAGAUGUGAACUCCAUGGAGAUGAUGGUGGAGGUUAAGGCUACCGACCUGCUGACAUAGAAGCAUCAACUAGAUACUCAUCUUCAUAGUUCAUUUGUAGAAGUCAUUAUGAAGCAAGUUUGAACUAAAUAAAGUCCCCUUCUUCACUGAAAUUAGGUCCCCACACACAAGAAUAAAGAAAUGUACAACAAUCAGAUUAUGUGCUCACUACAUACUUCAGUUUUUUGGGGGGUUGUUUUCUUGCAGUCCUUGAAAAGUGUAUGCUCUUGUACUAGGAUAAAUAUUAUAUCACUUAUUUUAAUAGGAAAAGGGGCAAACAAACCAAACUGCCACUACGUAAAUAUCAAGGAUUAUGCCCCCAGUCUUGUUAGUCAUCUGUACUAAAAUUAGUUUUGUUCUUGUAACCAGUUAUAUAUAGAACAGUACAUGUAAUCUCCAAGCAUACCGUAUAGUGGCAAGGCAAAGGAGUGACCAUGAAAUUCACUCCUCUGGCCAAUGGAUACUACAUCGCCACCAUAUGAUAUGCUUGGAGGUUACAUAUACAAUGUAUGUGCUUUCAUACAUGAAUAGUGAAUUUUUCAAAUAAGCAGUUCUGUUGCCUUGGACAAGCAUUGUUGUGCGUGUAACCAUGGUUACAGAUGAAUAAACACCUUGUCCUCAGUUA